AUGUCGUCUGUUGUAGAGAACCGUGACCCAGAAACUGCAGCGGUAGAUCGACAAAAUGUCACAGACCAAGCAACAGAGACAACACCUCUUCUCGAUACAUCUCAGUCCUCAGUUUCCCCGCCGAGAAACUCUUCAAUCGCGGUUUUCAAGAUUGUUUCGGUUCUCAUCAUUGGCUCUUUCACUGCCAGUGCUGAUGGCAGUCUUGUGCUGGCCACACACCCGACAAUUGCAAGCGAGUUCAAUGCCCUGUCUGCGUCGAAUUGGCUAUUCGUCUCUUUCAAUCUCGCGGGAGCUGCUACCCAAGCCAUGGUAGGCAAGCUUAGCGAUAUUUAUGGUCGACGAAGCCUCAUUGUUACUGCUUACGCUCUCUUUGCUGCUGGUUGUAUCAUUGUUGGGACAGGCACUUCCAUGGGAUUAGUUAUCCUUGGCCGUGUUAUUUCUGGUGUAGGAGGAUCAGGGCUAACCAUACUGGCCAUGCUCAUCAUCACAGACUUGGUGCCUCUGCGUGAGGCUGCUGCAUGGCAGUCCUAUCUCAACCUCGCUGCCACAACUGGUCGUAGUCUGGGCGGACCUCUUGGAGGUUGGCUAGCUGACACUAUCGGAUGGCGUUGGUCGUUCAAUUGUCAGGUUCCCAUCUUCCUUCUUGCCAUUCUUCUCACCUACUUCUUUUUGCCCAGCAACAAGAAACAGGACGACAAACCUACAUCACUCUCUAGAAUUGACUUCACUGGUGCAGCUCUUCUUGCUCUCACAAUGAUGGCGUUUCUUCUACCAUUCGAGAUUGGGGGCUCUCAGGUUCCUUGGUCCCACCCCGUUAUCCCCAGCUUAUUCGCCGCGUCUUUCGUUUUUGGUGGACUGUUCAUGCUCUUCGAAGGCCGCUGGGCCGUAGAACCAAUCUUCCCACUCGACUUGCUUCGUAUCCGGAAUGUUGUGCUUGGAUACGUCAUCAGUGGCUCUCAAUGUGCCGCCCAGCUUGGGUUAAUGUUCUCUGUUCCUCUCUACUUCCAGGUCACAAAGAAUGCCAGCAACACUGUUGCUGGAGCAUACCUUUUCCCAGCCGUGGCGGGAAAUGCAAUUGGUGCCAUUCUAGCUGGUUUGGUUAUUAACCGCACUGGAAGGUAUAAACUAGUUCUCCUUGUUGCUACUUUGACAUCAGCAGUGUCUUAUAUAUUACUUUUACUGCGCUGGCAUGGUCGAACAAACGUCUGGGAAUCUCUUUAUAUCUUCCCAGGCGGCCUUGGCACUGGCGCAGUACAAACAGGAGUCUUUGUUGCCGUACAAGCUGCCACUGAUCCUGCUCAUAAGGCGGCUGCUUUGGGUGGGGUCUGGUUGACGGUCAUGGUCGGAGCUGUCAUCGGUAUGACUGCUGUCAGUACAGUAACGAUGCACGUCAUGGCUUGGAGUCUUGCCACUACGCUGCAAGGUCGUGGCGUGACAAGAGACGUGAUUCAAAAGGUCGUCGAUAUGGCCACUUCAGAUAUCAACUAUAUUAACAAAGCGGAUCCAAAUAUAGCAUCAGCUGUAGUGGAUGCGUAUGUACGCGGUCUGUCCUUCAGUCAUAUCAUUUCUCUCACAUUUUCGAUCAUUGCUACAUUCUCGGCUAGCUUCAUCAGUGAGCACAAGGUUUAG